AUGGAAGUAGAUAUACUACUACUGUUGGUAUUUUCUAUAUGUACAAAUACUCGUGGAGUAGAACUUGAAGUGCCACAGUUUGUAAGUACUCAUUAUUCAUCUACCACGGGGUAUAGGUCGAUACGUGAGAUCGGUCUGUAUAGCUGUGCUCGACAAUGUGGUUUGGAAUCAGGGUGCAACUCGUUUACAUACAAUCUCAAAAAUCACCGAUGUCUACUUCAUGAAGACAGUGUUUAUACGGCAUUAGGAAAUUAUGAAGCUUAUCCUGAAUAUGUCUAUGGAGAUAGGGCCACAAUAGUUUCGGAUGAAUCUCUGAUGGGAAAAUGUCGUGAACAUGACUGUCCAAAUUACACUUCCUGUAUCCGUCUGACGUCCGCCUCAACGGUUUGUGUAAUUACAGCAUGUGGUCCCAUGGCGGAGCUUCCAUAUUUUAUUGACUAUGAUAAUAUUUCGUCCACGAUGAGCCCGGUGGGUGUCACCCGGUACCUUCCGUGUGAUCCCGGGUACAUUGGACAUAGAGAAGUCGUCUGUCUACCCACUGGGCAGUGGUCAGAACCGGAAGUCAAAUGUGAAGAUUGUGGAGACCCACCGAGUGUUUCUGACGCAGUAGUCACUGUCGGUAGCACAACUAUAGGUUCGAGCAGAAAAUACGAGUGCUCUCAAGGAACUACUUCCUUCGGUUCUGGUGUCAUUCUAUGCCAAGACAAUGGACAGUGGUCGGUACCGUCGUUGAAAUGCGUGCCAGAUUGUGUUAUUUCAACGCACAUGCAUCAUGCGUACACCACGGCGACUGUAGCACCAGCAGGACGCCUCAUACACUACAAGUGUAACACAGGCUACCAUCAACUUACCGGAACAGGAAACAGGUACUGCAACACAGAUGGAUUAUGGGAAGCACUUGACAUAAUCUGCUCCGAAGUCGACUGUGGAUCACCACCUCUUCCUCAAGUCGGAGCCCAUAUCACAGCUUACCACCAGUUGACAUACAUAUACACAAUAACAUACGGAUGUGAUACUGGCCUUGUAUCAACACAGCCUGGGAAAAUGACACUCAACUGUCAAAGUGAUGGUCAUUGGUCCCCUGUUGAAUAUCAGUGUUUAUAA